AUGCCGGCAACAUGCAGCAAAGAUUCCACCAACAUGAGGAUAGUUCUGCUGGGUAAGCCUGGAUCAGAGAAGAGUGCAACAGGAAACACCAUCCUGGGGAGAGAGGUGUUUAGAGAGGAGCCUGGAUCAGGGAAGAGUGUGUUGGGGGAAAGAGAGGUGGAGGGGAGGAGCAUCAGUGUGAUUGACACUCCUGGUAUUUACAGCACAACACUGACUGAAGAACAACUGAAUGAGGAAAUGGGAAGGUGCAUCUCUCUCACUUCUCCGGGCCCCCAUGUGUUCCUUCUGGUUAUCAGACUGGAGAGAUUCACACAGGAAGACAGGAAUACUUUGUCAUGGAUCCAGGAAAACUUUGGAGAGGAGGCCUUGAGUUACACCAUGGUGUUAUUCACCGGAAGAGAAAAACUAACCAGGAUGCAAUGGGAGGACUUUGAGAGGACUGAAACAACCAAACAACCAAUCAGUGUGUGUGGGGGAGGGCAUAUUGUCCUCAACAGUAAGCCAGAGGUCCACACCACUCAGGUCACAGAGCUGCUGAGGAAGAUAGAAGAGAUGGUGGAGAGGAAUGGAGGAGGUCACUACCUAGAGGAGAGGUGCCAGGAGGCUCAGAGAAAGAUCAGAGAGGAGCAGGAGAGGGAGAAGAGAAAGGAGGAGAUAAAUAAGAGGAAGGGGAAAUUAGAGAGGAGAGAGGAAGAGGUGAGGAGGAUGGAGGAGGAGUUGAGGAAGUCACUGGAGGGGGUAAAGAGGAUAGAAGAAGAUUUGAAGGAGAGACAGAAAGAGUUACAAGAAAAGAGAGAGGAGUUUAAGAAAGUGGAGAAGAGAACAAGACAAGAGGAGGAGGAUAAAUUGAUAGAAAAGGAGCAGCAGAAGAGAGAAGAGAAUCUUCAAAAGGUAAAGGAAGAGGCAAGGAAGCAAGAGAACAAAGUAAAGGAAAUAGAGGAAGACUUGAAGCUAGCACAGGAACAUGUGAGGAAGAUGGCAGGAGAGGUGAAUGAGAUAGAGGAAGUGAUGAAGAGAGACGAGCAGAGGAGGAGUGAGCAGAGCAAAAGGAAGAUAGAGGAGCAGAAGAGAGAGGAGGAGAAGAAAAUAGAGGAGCAGAAGAGAGAGGAGGAGAAGAAAAUAGAGGAGAAGAAGAGAGAGGAGAAGAAGAGAGAGGAGGAGAAGAGAGAGGAGGAGAAGAGAGAGGAGGAGAAGAGAGAGGAGCAGAAGAAAAUAGAGGAGCAGAAGAAAAUAGAGGAGCAGAAGAGAGAGGAGGAUAAGAAAAUAGAGGAGCAGAAGAGAGACGAGCAGAAGAGAGAGGAGCGGAAGAGAGAGGAGCAGAAGAGAGAGGAGGAGAAGAGAGAGAAGGAGAAGAGAGAGAAGGAGAAGAGAGAGGAGGAGAAGAGAGAGGAGGAGAAGAGAGAGGAGAAGAGAGAGGAGCAGAAGAGAGAGGAGCAGAAGAGAGAGGAGCAGAAGAGAGAGGAGGAGAAGGCACUCUUAGAGGAGAGAUGGAGAGAGGAUGGAAAUAGGGGAGAGAGGGAGAGGAGGAGGAAAGAGCAGGACCAGGAAGAGGCUCAGAGAAAGAUCAGAGAGGAGCAGGAGAGGGAGAAGAGAAAGGAGGAGAUAAAUGAGAGGAAGGGGAAAAUAGAGAGGAGAGAAGAAGAGGUGAGGAGGAUGGAGGAGGAGUUGAGGAAGUCACUGGAGGGGGUAAAGAGGAUAGAAGAAGAUUUGAAGGAGAGACAGAAAGAGUUACAAGAAAAGAGAGAGGAGUUUAAGAAAGUGGAGAAGAGAACAAGACAAGAGGAGGAGGAUAAAUUGACAGAAAAGGAGCAGCAGAAGAGAGAAGAGAAUCUUCAAAAGGUAAAGGAAGAGGCAAGGAAGCAAGAGAACAAAAGAGAGAUAGACAAAAGGAAGAGAGAGGAGCAGAAGAGAGAGGAGGAUAAGAAAAUAGAGGAGCAGAAGAGAGAGGAGAGGAAGAGAGAGGAGAUGAAGAGAGAGGAGCAGAAGAGAGAGGAGGAUAAGAAAAUAGAGGAGAGGAAGAGAGAGGAGCAGAAGAGAGAGGAGAAGAGAGAGGAGGAGAAGAGAGAGGAGCAGAAGAGAGAGGAGGAGAAGAAGAAAAUAGAAGAGAGGAAGAGAGAGGAGCAGAAGAGAGAGGAGGAAAAUAAGAAAAUAGAAGAGAGGAAGAGAGAGGAGGAGAAGAAGAAAAUAGAAGAGAGGAAGAGAGAGGAGCAGAAGGAACUCUUGAUUUUAACAACUGUUACAGGUGUGGUAGCAUUACUAGCUGCAGCGUGUUUUUGGGCCAAACAAUAG